AUGGAGAGCUUGGGGCUGCAGACGGUGACCCUCAGUGAUGGAACGACAGCCUAUGUCCAGCAAGCUGUCAAAGGAGAGAAGCUGCUUGAAGGGCAGGUGAUCCAGCUUGAGGACGGGACCACUGCAUACAUUCACCAAGUGACAGUGCAGAAAGAGUCUCUCGCCUUUGAGGAUGGACAGCCUGUGCAGCUGGAAGAUGGCAGCAUGGCCUAUAUACACCACACACCCAAAGAGGGCUUUGACCCCAGUGCCCUGGAAGCUGUCCAGCUGGAAGACGGCUCCACUGCCUACAUUCACCACCCCAUGGCUGUGCCAGGGGACAGCACCAUCCUGGCUGUGCAGGCAGAGGUGGGCCUGGAGGACCUGGCAGCAGAGGAUGAUGAGGGCUUUAGCACAGAGACAGUGGUGGCCCUGGAGCAGUAUGCCAGCAAGGUUCUGCAUGACAACCAGGCUCCCCAUAAUGGCAAAGGGCAGCAAGUUGGGGACAGAGCAUUCCGCUGCGGCUACAAGGGUUGUGGACGUCUCUAUACCACCGCUCAUCACUUGAAGGUGCAUGAACGAGCUCAUACAGGUGACCGUCCAUACAGGUGUGACUUCGCCAGCUGUGGGAAGGCCUUUGCUACAGGAUAUGGGCUAAAGAGCCACGUGCGAACCCACACUGGUGAGAAACCAUACAAGUGCCCAGAGGAGCUGUGCAACAAGGCCUUCAAGACCUCAGGAGACCUGCAGAAGCACGUCCGCACCCACACUGGUGAACGCCCAUUCCGGUGCCCCUUUGAGGGCUGUGGUCGCUCCUUCACCACCUCUAAUAUCCGCAAGGUACAUGUGCGCACCCACACAGGCGAGCGUCCCUACACCUGUCCCGAGCCCCACUGUGGCCGUGGCUUUACCAGCGCCACCAACUACAAGAAUCACGUACGCAUCCACACAGGGGAGAAGCCAUACGUUUGCACGGUGCCAGGCUGUGGGAAGCGCUUCACCGAGUACUCAAGCCUGUACAAGCACCAUGUGGUGCACACGCACUGCAAGCCCUACACCUGCAGCACCUGCGGCAAGACCUACCGGCAGACCUCUACCCUGGCCAUGCAUAAACGGAGUGCCCAUGGCGAGCUGGAGGCCACGGAGGAGAGCGAGCAGGCCCUUUAUGAGCAACAGCAGCUCGAGGCCGCCUCUGCAGCUGAGGAGAGCCCGCCACCCAAACAACCCCGCGUUGCUUACCUUUCGGAGGUGAAGGAAGAGGGCGAUGACAUCCCAGCCCAGGUGGCCAUGGUGACAGAGGAGGAUGGGGCCCCACAGGUGGCUCUGAUCACUCAGGAUGGUGCCCAGCAGGUCAGCCUGUCCCCUGAAGACCUGCAGGCCCUGGGGAGUGCCAUCAGUAUGGUGACCCAGCACAGCAGCACCACCCUCACCAUCCCCAGUCAUGACAACGACCUUGUCACAUCUGGCGCACAUACGGUCACCAUGGUCAGCGCUGAUGGCACCCAGACGCAGCCCGUCACAAUCAUUACCUCUGGAGCAGUGGUGGCUGAGGACUCAAGUGUAGCAUCCAUUCAUCAUCAACAGGUGGCGCUGUUGGCUACAGCCAGUGGAACACACAUUGCUGUGCAGCUGGAGGAGCAGCAGACCUUAGAGGAAGCCAUCAGUGUGGCCACUGCUGCCAUGCAGCAAGGGGCCGUGACCCUGGAGACAAGUGCAUCAGAGAGUGGCUGCUGA